AUGCGAGUCCACAUACCCUCAAACAUCUUUCCUACAUAAAUGCCACUUUAAGUAACCCAAAUCACAUCACAAAAAAUAACAAGUGCACUACUACAUAGCAUAUAUAUAUACCUACUAGUAACUCAUAUUAUAAUUUUACCUUGAAUUUCAAUCUAUAAUAUGGCCGAGGAGAAGCGCCGCCACCACCACCACCGCCACAUGGAGGAGGAGGAGCCCGUCGAGGCGGCGACCUACUCGGAAACCGCCUAUACCAUCGACGGCCCCGAGCAGUACACGAAGACCGAAAGCUACGCCGCCGUUGAUCAGAACAAUGGGUAUGAGAAAUUUGAGAUAGAAGAGAAGCAGCACAAGCGCAAAGAGCACCUCGCGGAGAUAGAGGCCAUGGCCGCCGCCGGUUUUGCCUUAUAUGAGAAGCGCGAGGCGAAGAAGGAUCCACAGAACGAACACAGGCAUAAAAUAGAGGAGGAGAUAGCAGCGGCGGCGGCAGUGGGAGGCGGCGGUUAUGCUUUCUAUGAGAAGAAAGAAGCUAAAGAAGAGGAGGAGAGGGCUGAGGGAAAGAAGCACCGCCACUUCUUUUAAUUCAUACCAACUAGCUAGUAUAUGUUUAUAUAUAUACAUAUCAUGCUACUUAAAUAAGAAAAAAUGGUGUGUGUUUGUGCGUUUGUGGAUGUUAAUGUGUUACUAGUGAGUGACUGUGUGUGUGUGUGUCUGUGAAAAGAGUAGUAUCUAUCAUAAGAAUAUAUCUUGUAUCAUCCAUGUAAUUGUUUCUCUUUUGAUUUGGUUUGGUGUAUUUUGGAUCGAGCGGUACAAAAAGAUCCUAAUAUAAAUCGAUUUUUAACC